CGGGCCCGGGCCGGGACUGCGAAUCCCGGCAGUCCCCGCGGGCCGCGCCCGCCCGGGCGGUGCCGGGAAUGCGGGCGGCCGGCGGAGCCAUGGCGUCCUUCCGCCUUGCUCUUAUCCAGCUUCAUGUAUCUGCUGUUAAAUCAGAUAAUCUCCAACGAGCCUGUGGACUGGUGAGAGAAGCAUCAGCUAAAGGAGCAAAACUUGUGGCUCUACCUGAAUGCUUUAAUUCUCCAUAUGGAACUCAAUACUUUAAGGAGUAUGCAGAGAAGAUCCCCGGGGAAUCAACACAAAAGCUGUCAGAAGUUGCAAAGGAGUGCAGUAUAUAUCUCAUUGGAGGAUCCAUUCCAGAAGAAGAUGGUGGAAAGCUCUAUAAUACAUGUACUGUCUUUGGGCCUGAUGGUGCUCUGCUGGCAAAGCAUAGGAAGGUUCAUUUGUUUGACAUUAAUGUUCCUGGGAAGAUACAGUUCAAAGAGUCUGAAACACUGAGUCCAGGGAAUAGUUUCUCCAUGUUUGACACGCCAUACUGCAAAGUGGGCCUGGGCAUCUGCUAUGAUAUGAGGUUUGCUGAGAUGGCUCAAAUCUACGGCCAGAAAGGUUGCCAGCUGCUGAUAUAUCCAGGGGCUUUUAACAUGACAACAGGACCAGCUCAUUGGGAACUCUUACAAAGGGGACGAGCUGUUGAUAAUCAACUCUAUGUAGCUGCUGUAUCUCCUGCUAGAGAUGAAAAAGCAUCCUAUGUUGCCUGGGGACACAGCACUGUAGUAAAUCCUUGGGGUGAAGUCAUAGCCAAAGCUGGGGCUGAGGAAACAGUUGUAUACACAGAUAUAGAUCUAAAGAAACUUGCAGAAAUACGUCAACAAAUUCCUAUUUUAAACCAGAAGCGUUCCGAUCUUUAUGGUGUAGAGAUGAAAAAGUGAAGCUGGGUGAAGAGGGAAAGUUCAGCUGUCACAAUGGCUGUUGCCUUCAUCUUUGGAAGGAUUUCCUUAGUAGUUGUUCCACAAUUUACUGCCAAAUGUGCUGCUUAGGAAACCAUCACAUAACAAAAAACUUGGUGCAAUUCUAAUAUGAUUGAAAUAUAACUUUUCUAUUUCCUCUCAUACUUACGUAUUUCAUAGUACUUUGCAGCUGGGAUAAAGAUGGAGAUGAAAUCAGUUCAACACAGCAGUGAUUAACAUUGACUUUUAUGCAUCAUAAUGUCUUAGUUACCUUCUGAGGGCUGUUUUGUAGAACACAGAAAUGGAAUUCUUGUUCUCUGAAACUCCAUCUCAAGUCAGCUUUGAAUUUUGAAUUUUUCAGUGAAUUAUCAGAAAAUCUAGAAGCAUGAUUCUUCUCACUGUCCUUUUUAGAUGUACAUGACUUAACCUAGGUCCUUGAAUGCCCUACUUCUAACUUGGGAAGCUUAAAAUUUAACACACCGAGCAAAACAGGCCAAAUUCUGCUCUUCACUACACAAGACACCACAAGAAGCUGCCAGACAGAGCUGCUCCUAUAGAAUCUGAAACAGUUUUCGGUUCAUGUGUUUGUCUGGAUCUGUGUAUUAAAUUCUUCUUAUGGCAAAUCUU